CGGAGCAGAGAGUCACAGGGGCUUCGUCCUCUAAUACUUCUGGUACUCUUCCGACGAAACCGAAAGCUGUUGCUGGCGGUUCGAGCUCUUCUUCGUCAAAACCGUUUGUCCCACCUCCCGGCGCCGAAAACCUCAUCUGCACCAAACCCGACAACCUCGCGGAGCUGCGCGAGAAACACACCGGCCUCAGCAUCAAAAACCGCGAGAUCCGGGCCGACAAACUCGAUCAGCUGAUGCGCGGGAAGAAGUUUGUGCCGCUCGCGCAACUUGGAAACAUGGCGGCGACGAUGUCGAUGGCAGCGGCAGGCGCAGCUGCAGCGGCGAGUAACAGCGAGGGUAAUAAAGGGCAGGGAAAGAAGGGAAAGGAUAG